CCGGAGCGAGGGGGAACGGCUGAGUCUGCUGCCUGGGUUACCUGCAGCUACACAGCCACCGCCUGGGGACAGGCCCUCCUGCCCUGGCCGCAACAGGGACGCCAUGGAGCGCUCCCUGCACCGCGUCUCCCUCGGGAGCCGGCGCGCUCACCCGAACUUGUCCUUCUAUCUCACCACCUUUGGUCAGCUGAAGCUGUCCAUUGAUGCCCAGGAUCGGGUUCUGCUGCUGCACAUUAUAGAAGGCAAAGGCCUGAUGAGCAGAGAGCCUGGCGUCUGUGAUCCCUACGUGAAGAUCUCUUUGAUCCCGGAAGACAACCAGCAAUGCCCUCAGAAGACGCAGACCAUUCCAGACUGCAGAGACCCAGCGUUCCACGAGCACUUCUUUUUCCCUGUCCCAGAGGAGGGUGAUCAGAAGCGUCUUCUGGUGACCGUGUGGAACAGGGCCAGUGAGACCAGGCAGCAUGCACUCAUCGGCUGCAUGAGCUUUGGGGUGAGAUCCCUCUUGACUCCGGACAAGGAGAUCAGUGGCUGGUAUUAUCUGCUAGGGGAGGACCUGGGCCGGACCAAGCACCUCAAGGUGGCUAGGCGGCGGCUCCAGCCCCUGAGAGAUAUGCUGUUGAGAAUGCCAGGAGUUGGGGACCCUGAGAGUGGGGAGAAACUCCAGAUCACUAUCCCGAGGGGCAAAGACGGCUUUGGCUUCACCAUCUGCUGUGACUCUCCGGUCCGAGUCCAGGCUGUGGAUUCUGGGGGCCCAGCAGAGAGAGCAGGGCUGCAGCAGCUGGACACAGUGCUACAGCUGAAUGAGAGGCCCGUGGAGCACUGGAAAUGUGUGGAGCUGGCACACGAGAUCCGGAGCUGCCCUAGUGAGAUCAUCCUGCUCGUGUGGCGUGUGGUCCCCCAGAUCAAGCCAGGGCCGGAUGGUGGAGUUUUGCGGCGGGCCUCCUGCAAGUCCACACAUGACCUCCUGUCGCCCCCUAACAAGAGGGAGAAGAACUGUACCCAUGGGGCCCCGUCCCGUCCUGAGCAGCGCCACAGCUGCCAUCUGGUGUGUGACAGCUCCGACGGCCUACUGCUUGGUGGCUGGGAGCGGUACACUGAGGUGGGCAAGCGCAGCGGCCAGCACACCCUGCCUGCACUGUCUCGGGCCACCACCCCCACCGACCCCAACUACAUCAUCUUGGCCCCGCUGAACCCUGGAAGCCAGUUGCUGCGGCCUGUGUAUCAGGAGGAUGCCAUCCCUGAAGAACCAGGGACUACCACUAAAGGAAAAUCGUACACCGGCCUGGGCAAGAAGUCCCGGCUGAUGAAGACAGUGCAGACCAUGAAGAGCCACAGCAACUACCAAGAUUGCUCGGCCCUGAGACCACAUGUCCAGCACUCAAGCUACGGCACCUACGUCACGCUGGCCCCCAAAGUCCUGGUGUUCCCUGUUUUUGUGCAGCCCCUAGAUCUCUGUAACCCCGCCCGGACUCUCCUGCUGUCUGAAGAGCUGCUGCUGUAUGAGGGGAGGAACAAGGCUUCCCAGGUGACACUGUUUGCCUACUCGGACCUGCUGCUCUUCACUAAGGAGGACGAGCCAGGCCGCUGUGACGUCCUGAGAAAUCCCCUCUACCUCCAGAGUGUGAAGCUACAGGAGGGUUCUUCAGAAGACUUGAAAUUCUGUGUGCUGUACCUGGCAGAGAAGGCAGAGUGCUUAUUCACUUUGGAGGCUCACUCACAGGAGCAGAAGAAGAGAGUGUGCCGGUGCCUGUCGGAGAACAUCGCCAAGCAGCAACAGCUGGCCGCAUCGCCCCCAGAGAGGAAGAAACUUCACCCUUACGGCUCUCUCCAGCAGGAGAUGGGGCCAGUCACCUCCAUCAAUGCCACCCAGGAUAGAAGCUUUACCUCAUCAGGACAGACUCUGAUUGGCUGAGCAAGCCCAAGGGCGGGACUAUGCUUCUGGCAACUUAACCCUUUUGGGGCUUCCCCUACCACACAGUAACCUCAUCUCAACUGGACCCAAAACGGAAGACCAAGAUGUUGGGCCUAGGGUCAUCUGGAGGGAGUGGUCCCAAGGGUGUGUAUGGACUGGCAACAGGAGGAACAGUGGUGUGAGAGACCCUGUGGGCUUGUACAGAGUGGUACCUGGAAGUCCUGGACGGAGAAGAUUCUGAAGCAAGCUCCCUUCAAGCAGAAGGAGGCUGAAUGGCACCUGGGCACCUGCCUGGGCACAGCAGGAAAGAGGGAGAGGUCACUCUAAUGGAGGACAAUGCCUAUGACCCAUUCCUUCCAGAAGAUACCUUACCUUCCCACUCCUGUUUCAUCUGGACACAUUUACUUCUUCAUUCAGUGGAUACUGGGGGACAUCUCCUUUGUGCUAGUGUCUGUACUAGGGGAUACAGUGCUCCCAUCAAGAUCACAGCCCUCCCAGUCCUGAUAGGGAGAGAACAUUAAAUAAAUCAGCACCAAUCCAUGCUCACACACUGGGAGAGUCUGUACAGAACCAUCACAGAUGUCUUCAGAGAGGGUAUUGUAUCUAGUUGCGAUGUGUAGGGUAUGAUGGGGAAAGACGUAGCUUGUAAGCCGAGCCUGUGGGCUGGAAAGGAGCUAGCCAGCCAAAGACUUUAGAGAGAACAUUCCAGGCAGUGGAAACAGCACAGGCAGAGAUGAGAAGGAGGGAGCAUGGUGUGUUGAGGACUAGAGGGAGGCUAGUGUGGCUGCAGCUUUGUGAGGCAGAAGAUGGAGCCAGGCCACACUACUCAGGACAUCCAUAUGUGGCGAUUGCUUUGUUGAUUCCUACAUGUAGUAGGGAGCCAUGGAAGGCUUUUGAGGAAGGGUGUCACAGACCCCUCAAGUGCAUGUCUGCAAGAUCGGAUUGUAGCUAAGAGGAGCCUAAAUGGCUGUGAGGCUGGUUAGGGCUCCUCUUCAGGCCUCCAGGUGAGGGCUGAUGGUGACUUGUUCUAGAGGGUGCUGGGAUGGUAGGUAUUGGAAGGCUAGGCUCUGGGAGAAGGAAGGAUGAUUUGCUCACCCCCACCUGCCCUCAUACUCUACUGGGUCUUGAUGUCUCAAUGAUGUGAGGUUUGAAGCCUCCCUCAGAAAUACUCUUCUGGUCAGUCUAGAACUAGGGCCAGUGCUGAGCUUCUGGGAAUGUCUGUGGCCACUGUAACAGUAAAGCUUAGUUUUUUUCCCAAGGUGGGAAGGUUCAUGGUUGCCCUGCCCCCGGGCUCCAUAUAUUAGUACUACUUCUCAUGCCAAGGGGUCUAGAAGGAAGCCAGGGCCUUACACUCAGAGAACUGCUUUUCUGUGGAACUUCUAAGGGCCAAGGUCCAGAGUCCAGGGCCAGAUAGAGCUCAGCAACCUUCACAGAGACAAGGCAAAAGGUAGCCUGUUCAGAGCUGGCUGGGCCCACUCCCUGUCCACCUAGCGGGACUCUGGGCUGGGCAGCUUGCACAGCCUUCCCUGACUGCAGAGAUGCAGCAGGACAGAAUCCCAGGGCUGUGGAUUAGAGGGACAGCGGCUACAUGCUAGAGAGUAUUUGUAGGUCUAGGUACGGGGAGCUCAGAGACAGAAAGCUGUAGUGAUGGCCAAGGCCAGAGAAGACCCCGACCUUAGUCAUGAAGGACCUUAGGGAAGAUCUUGUGCUCUCGUGAGUUUUCUAAACUGCCAGGGCCACCUGCCCAGUGGCCUAGAAGAGAGUGGGUCCCUUGUUUUCUGUUUCUCUUCCUUCUAACAUAGGAAAAACGAGACCAUGUUGAAUCAUCAGUCUAGUGGGAAAUGGGGUGAAUCUGCGGGUGUCAGGCUAAUAAUGCCCAGCCCAGGAUGGAAAGAUGCUGCUUGGCCUGGUACAGGGGAUAGGUAACACCAUGCUGCCAGCCAGUGAUCGGCCCGCAGGGUCUGUGCAGACAGCAAACUACAUGUUGGUUUCAUUUGGUUCUCUUACAUAAUGACCUUCAGGGGACCAGGAGGCACAGGAGAAUCGCCAGCCUGGGAAAUCAGCAAUCUUGUCUCUCCUGAGUCUGGGGACCUCCUCUCUAUCCAGCAGAUAGGUACAGAAGACAAGAGCUCUUGACUCAGAAAAACGGAGGAUCUGAACAUGACACCCAUCCCUGGGAGAAGGGCCGUGCUCCCUGAUAAGCUCCUGAGUAGGAUAGAUUCUCCCAUCAAGCUCCCAGGCCCUCUGUCCGAUGGGGAAGAGAACAGGCACUCCUGGCAGGCCCUGGGCUAGCUUGCUCCGUGACUCUAGGGAGCCACAGCACCAUGACGGUCUUGCCUCAUGGAUCAAUGCGACAAUUAAUUUGGUGUCACGGGCCCGAGAAGAUGAAAUAUGACCUGGUGGCCACCGCUCUUCAGUCCAUCCCAGCUGUUCAAGAGAAUGAACAAGCUCUCAACACUGCCUCUGAGAGUCAUAAUCACGGGAAACAUGGCCAGCUCCUCCCUGCCACAUAAAUCAUGCUAAGAAGCACACAAUGACCUCUUUCCUGAUGGACCAAUUGUCUUGGGUGGUGUCUUUGGCCCCGGAGCUGGGAGGAUGGGAGCACAACCGCUUUAUUGUUGAAAGGCCAUUUGUGAGAUUUGAAUACAAAGUGCCCCUUUCAGUCUCCUAUGUA